CCCGACGACGCCCGGCGGCCGCCCUGCAGGAGAAUUGCAUUGCUGGGCACAUAGACCUGUAAUCCUCGCUUCUCAGGAGCCUGAGUUCUGAAGAUUGCAGCUCGAAGCCAGCCUGGGCAGAAAAGUCGCACGCCCGAAGACAGACGCCAUGCCGGGGUCUCUAAUGCCCCUGUCUUCCAUGCUGCUGCUGCUGUUGCUGGGGUGUGGACCACGGGGGUCUGCUGGUGGCGGGGCUGGUGGGGCAGCAGGCUACGCCCCAGUGAAGUACGUGCAGCCCAUGCAGAAGGGGCCCGUGGGACCGCCCUUCCGUGAGGGCAAGGGCCAGUACCUGGAAAUGCCUCUACCACUGUUGCCGAUGGACUUGAAAGGAGAGCCUGGCCCCCCUGGGAAGCCUGGGCCCCGGGGGCCCCCUGGUCCUCCUGGCUUCCCUGGAAAGCCUGGCACUGGAAAGCCAGGGCUCCAUGGGCAGCCUGGCCCUGCUGGUCCCCCUGGCUUCUCCCGGAUGGGCAAGUCUGGUGCUCCAGGACUCCCAGGCAAGGUUGGACCACCAGGGCAGCCUGGGCUUCGGGGGGAGCCAGGGAUAAGAGGAGAUCAGGGUCUCCGGGGGCCCCCAGGGCCCCCUGGCCUGCCUGGCCCCUCAGGCAUGACUGUCCCAGGAAAACCAGGUGCCCAAGGGGUGCCAGGUCCCCCAGGAUUUCAGGGAGAGCCAGGACCUCAGGGGGAGCCUGGACCCCCAGGAGAUAGAGGCCUUAAAGGGGAUAAUGGAGUAGGUCAGCCAGGGCUUCCUGGAGCCCCUGGGCAAGGGGGUGCCCCUGGGCCCCCUGGCCUCCCUGGUCCAGCUGGCUUGGGCAAACCGGGCUUGGAUGGACUCCCUGGAGCCCCUGGAGACAAGGGAGAGUCUGGGAUUCCUGGGGUUCCAGGCCCUAGGGGGGAGCCAGGCGCUGUGGGUCCAAAAGGCCCCCCUGGGGUAGAUGGUAUGGGGGUGCCAGGGGCUGCAGGGGUGCCAGGGCCACAGGGCCCAACUGGGGCCAAAGGGGAGCCAGGGAUUCGGGGCCCUCCUGGCCUGAUAGGUCCUACCGGUUAUGGUAUGCCAGGAUUGCCAGGUCCCAAGGGGGACAGAGGCCCCACGGGGGUUCCAGGGCUCUUAGGGGACAGGGGUGAGCCAGGGGAAGAUGGAGAGCCAGGGGAGCAGGGCCCACAGGGCCUCGGGGGUCCCCCUGGACUUCCCGGGUCUGCAGGGCUCCCUGGUAGACGUGGGCCUCCAGGGCCCAAGGGCGAUGCAGGGCCUGGAGGACCCCCAGGAGUACCUGGCAUUCGGGGUGACCAAGGGCCCAGUGGUCUGGCUGGGAAACCUGGGCUUCCAGGUGAGAGGGGACUUCCUGGGGCCCAUGGGCCUCCCGGGCCAACCGGGCCCAAAGGUGAGCCAGGGUUCACAGGCCGCCCCGGAGGACCAGGGGUGGCAGGAGCCCUAGGACAGAAAGGCGACCUGGGGCUCCCUGGGCAGCCUGGCCUGAGGGGCCCCUCAGGAAUCCCAGGACUCCAGGGCCCAACUGGUCCUAUCGGGCCCCAGGGUCUUCCGGGCCUGAAGGGUGAGCCAGGCCUGCCGGGGGCCCCCGGAGAGGGGAAAGUGGGGGAACCUGGCACUGCUGGUCCCACAGGCCCUCCUGGCGUCCCAGGUACCCCAGGACUCACAGGCCCUCCUGGGCCUCCUGGGCCUCCAGGCCCUCCCGGAGCCCCAGGGGCCUUGGAUGAGACUGGCAUCGCAGGCUUGCACCUGCCCAAUGGCGGGGUAGAGGGCGCUGUGCUGGGCAAGGGGUACAAGCCCCAGUUUGGGCUGGGUGAGCUGUCGGCCCACAGCACCCCAGCCUUCACUGCCGUGCUCACAUCUCCCUUCCCCGCUUCCGGCAUGCCAGUGAAGUUUGACCGGACUCUCUACAACGGCCACAGCGGCUACAACCCGGCCACUGGCAUCUUCACUUGCCCGGUGGGCGGCGUCUACUACUUUGCUUACCAUGUGCAUGUCAAGGGCACCAACGUGUGGGUGGCUCUCUACAAGAACAACGUGCCCGCCACCUACACCUACGACGAAUACAAGAAGGGCUACCUGGACCAGGCAUCUGGCGGGGCCGUGCUCCAGCUGCAGCCUAACGACCAAGUCUGGGUGCAGAUGCCCUCGGACCAGGCCAAUGGCCUCUACUCCACCAAGUACAUCCACUCUUCCUUUUCGGGAUUCUUGCUCUGCCCCACAUAACCCGUGGGGGCCCUGCUGUCCUGGCCUCCUCCUCUUUAGUGGCAGAGCAACCUUUCAGUUACAAAGACCUCCAUGUAAAGAGAACAGCCAAAGGCUGAACAGAGGUGGCCAUGGCCUUGGUUGGAGGAGACUGACUUGCUUCCCACGCGCAGGCCGUGAGCUUUACCAGAAGGGAUUGGCCUGAGUUCUUCUCUCCCAGAUGUCUGCAGUAAGGGGUUGCACCCCUGUUCCUGCCCUGCCUGGUCUGCGACAGGGCCCAGGCACUCAGCCCAGUCCCUAUAUAUGUCCUGGCUGCUGCAGGGUCCCCCGAUGAAGCCAGAGGGGUCUGAGCUCCCCAACCAUUCCCCAAGGGAAACAGCCCUUCCUGCUGGGUCCUGGCUGGUACCUACUCAAGGAAUGGGGAUACUUGCUCAAGGAAUGGGGUAUGGGCUCCCUCACAGUCAGCCCUGUGUGAGUGAGGUUGGGGCUCUUCUGGCUCCACAGGAACCCCUGUAUAUGACAGUUGGGAAAAGAAGGCAAUGGAGUUGUGGAUACCCUGCCACUAAUGCCACCCCCAGGUGGUGCUGUGACAUCAUCACACCUAUCCUGGCUGGGACAGUUUUGUGACCCUUUGCAGGGGGGAAGGCAUUAGCUAUAGACAUGGGGGGGGGGGGAAGUGGUCUGGAAGUGGCAGGGGCAUUGGUCUGGGAGCAGGAUAGUAGCUCUUCCUCCAUCUCCUUUCCCCUCCCCUCCCCCAUCCCUGUGCUGGCCCUGUUUAGUAUGAGGGCAGUGAGCAGGCCCCACGGGCCUUCCAUGUGCUGGGAAGAUCAUACUGAAGUAUCUGUACCGAUCAUGGCACAGGGCAGGAUGGAUGAUCAGCAGACUCUUGUCAGAAUACUCUUCCCUUUAUUCUACUGGACUGGGCUUCUCAUAGCAAAUUAUUAAGGGAUCCUUGCCACCUCCAGCCAGCGUACCCAAGGCAGAGCCUCUCAUCUGGCUCUCUGAACAGGGGACAUAUGAGCUCAAGGAUGAAAGCUGAAAAAGAACCACAGGAUGGGUUGUGUCUACCAGAGGGAUAAUUGGGAAGAGACUCCUCUCCCUCCACCCUCUGCUUCUAAUUUCCUGUUGUAACCAGGUUAGGGCCCAGGAGGCAAAGGCCCUGGAAGGCAGCCACCAGGCGGAACUGGAAUGUUCCUGCCAUCCUCCCCCAUCACAGCACCUCUGCUGGAGGCUGGCUGGCUGAGGCGAUGCGACAGUGGAUAUCCUGGCCGUACACAGAUGGCCUUUGCUUGGUGCUCACAGCCUCCUCCAAGCCUGCCCACAUCCCCGUACCCAGUGUGAGCCUGGGUCACUUAGGAAUUGAUCCUGUUGCACUGUUCCAAUUCAGGCCCAUGCAAUGUCCAUGUGGGCGGAGGAUGGCUGACUUCUGACUCCCUAAGCUGUGGUUCCUCAGGUUGUGUGCCAACCCCUCCCCUCUCCCAACUUUUCCAACGAUUCCUAAAGAGAGAGAAGCAAUCCUAGAUCUGCCCAAGUGACUUCUUUUUUGGGGGGGGGGGGAGGAAUGGUUUUGGCUGGGGCUCAUGGUACAUUUCUUCCUAACACCCUAGAGAAUCAAGGAGUUAAUCUUCUUCCCUGGGUCAGAAACCACUCAUUUGUUGUGUUAGGGAGCAGUUCUGAUGGGUAGAAAUCAAUCAGCUCGCAAUGGGCUUCCCAGGGAGCAAGCAGAGCACCGGGGAGGCAAAAACAAGGGCUUCAAAGCCAGCUCCUGUGGGACUCCUCAGGCCCUUAGGGAAGGUGGCAGGCAUUUUUGAAAUGUUUAUGGGAUUUGAGUUGCAGGUGUCCUCUGAAUAGCUUUGGUAAACAAUGUCAGGUUUUAACUAUGAAAACUACAUUACCUUGUGCAUUUUUAAUAUUCUCAUUCUCAUUUUUUUAAAACAAAGAUUAAGGUUUAAGUGUUCUCCACUAGUUAUUUCAUUUCCAAUCUGGUAUAGGAAUUUAGUUCUCUAUUUAUCCGUACCCUGUGUCAGUGAUUCAGAAAACUGCAACAGGGAGCCAAAGACAGAACUUCUUUUUGAAAAGAAAAAUUACACUAUUGACUGUGUUGACAUGACCUCAAUAAAAUCUGUUGUAUAAAA